AUGGCUCUUCUCAAAGUUGUCCUUGUGUUAAUGCUUGUAGUUUUGAGCGUGUCUUGGUGUAAGGUUCAGAACAUGGAACGUAAGUCUGAGGCCUCCUUUGGUGAAAAUGAAGUGAAAGUUAGGGAUAAGAGAGCGAUAGAUCCCCUGAGCUUGAUAGGCCUAAUUGUGAGCGUGGGUGCUACCAUCCAGGGGGCUAUCUGCUCUUUUGCAUCGAUUUGCAGCGAAGACGAAAUCACCCCAAGACUGGAAAAGAUAGAGAAGAAGUUGGAAGCUAUCCACAACGAUGUCAAGUCCAUCAAGAAAGAUGUGGAGGACAUCUGGAAUGAAUCGAAGCGGAAAUGGUACUUCAGUAACAUCGAGUACGUUGCCAACCAAAGGAAGAAAGUGAUAGAAGAUAUAAAGAGCAAGGACACUACCGGGAGAGCUAAGGAAAGACAAAAGAGAUUCAUUAAUUUGGUUUUAGGUGGAGAAGGCCAAGACGAAUUCAUUGAAAAAGCUCUUUUUCAUAUCCCAGACUUGGUUGUCAACAAGGGUCUUGUCACUCAUUACUUUAAAGUUCAGACCGAUAAUGGAAAAUCUCCAGCAGAAGCGGCCAAGCUGACCUGGAUUUUUAUAAGGAAACUCUUCCGAUACCAAGAAGACGGCUACGUCUCCGUUGUGCUAGCAGCCUCUUUGAAGUACAAGGAUGACGAUGCAUCUUUUAAAAAGGUCAUGAAGGAGGUCUGCAAAUGGUGGCCAAAACUAAAGGAUCCUACAUACACCGAACUAUGCGACAAACUAGGUAAAGACGAGGGUUCGCGGGAUAAUCGAAAAAUGCAGCAAGACUUUGUAUUUUCUCUACGAGAUCUGGCUCUUGUUCCUGUUCAGCUGGUACAGACUGACUGCAAUAAAUUCGCAGACUCCUACACUCUACUCUACUCGACUGGCUAUCUUUAUGUUGCACAGCCCCAAGCCAAAAAGAUCUUGAUCGUCAAACCUGACACAUUGGCAGUCGUCAAGUCUAUUGAUGUACCUGGAUCUGAAUGUGGCGGAAAUUGUCAUCCGUAUGGAAUCUCCAUCUACACCCCAAUGAAACUGUUUGCCAUAGCCGCCAAAACCAGCACCUCUGGAGGGAAAAGCAAAUUCAUGCUGUUUAAGAUACAAGGUGACCUAAACGAUCCCAGUGGAAUAAGUCUUGAGCAUUACCUUACCUUCUUUCAACUGUUUUACCCUUGGCAACCUCGGAGGGAGGCAGAUUUAGUAGGUGUUGCCUUUUGCGGAGAACGUCUAGCGUACGCUGAUAAAUACGGUUCAAUCACGAAUUAUGAAAUGCCAUACGACAAGUUGGUUUACGGUUAUAAUAAUGGGAAGCCAGAUCCAAUUCAAGGACGAACUGAUCGCUUAGACUGGGCUCUCCAAAGAAGCAGAAACUAUCACAGAGGCAAGCAAUACUACUUCGGCUGCUCGAACGAUGGGAAAUAUUUUGUGAUAGAGAGGGAGCUUUCAAGUCAUUCAGACGUAGGGGCGGUGCCCUCUGACGAGAAAAGUGGUGCAUACAAUGUGUUGGACCUGGCGAAAAUAAAGGUGAUGAACAGAGACUGGUACGAUGUAAAGGACGGUCGUUCGCGGAUAAACAUAAUGAAAGGAAUAGCCAUGGAUAGCAAAGGAAAUCUGUUCUAUUCUGCUCAGAAAAGCUUUUAUGCCAAUGGCGAAAGGAAUAGCCAUGGAUAGCAAAGGAAAUCUGUUCUAUUCUGCUCAGAAAAGCUUUUAUGCCAAUGGCGUAAGUGGUGUCUACCAACGCACUUAUGAUGGGAAGCGUCGCUACAUCAGAGAAUGGGGCGAGGGGAAGAAAGUGGAAAUGUACGGGAUGGCAGUGGACGACAGCGGUUUCCUGUACUCGGUGGAAAAUAUCGGUUCUGGAAAAUGCCUUUACAAAUUUGACCACGAAAUCGACCUGGAGGACAUAAAUAUUCCUUGA